ACCAACUGAUUGGACUUUACUGCUACAAUGGCAACUAUUAAAGCUCUUGCAAUUUCAGGAAAAUUGCCCGUAAAUUGUUUAGUGGAAAAUUCGUCUGUGACUUUCUUGCAACAGUGUUUAAAAUAUCAUCUCUUUAACAAUGUCAAUGGAAUCUAUGCCUGAUGAUUGCUUAUUACAGAUUUUUAACAUGAUUGAUGAUCCGUUAAUACUUUUUAGGUGCCUUCGAGCAUUUUUGUUCCCUACACAGUUUGCAGAAGAUGGUAUCUUCUGCUCAGCUAUCGUCUUGGAAGGGUUGAAAAUCUGCUCGAUUUGUAUCAUAUUAAAUGUAAACCCGGAGUUAAGUCUCUUUGUUUCGUUGGGAAGAAAAGACCACUUGAGGAGCCAAUUUUAUCAGCAAUCUUAAAAAAAACACCUAAAAUGAAGGUAGUCUGUGUUGGGUUUGAAUAUACAGAAUAUGAUAAUUAUGACGUAAACUGGGUGCAGAGGUCUCUCGAUCGGCUCGCCCAACUAGAAUCUCUCAAAGGACUAAUAAUAACUUACUUGACUAGAGUAAGAACGGUGAAAAUUCCUGAAAAUAUUGAAAUGCUUCGCACUGACGAUACAUACAUCACAACAGGAUUUUACCCUAGGGUCAAACAGCUGUUAGUAGACGAUACUUUCUUCACUAGAUCAAUUAAUCGUUUUCCUAGUUUAGAGAGGCUCAAUUUGCUGAUCGAUAACCACCCAUCGCAUUGGUAUCAAGUGGCUCGGGCUUACCGAUAUCUAUUCAGAAAGCUAAAAAUAAUUGAAAUUGAUACGAGUUAUGAAGAAUGUUUAUCUGAGGUAAAUCAUGCGUGUCAAUUUAUUUGUCUUUGCCCGAAAGCGGAAAGUGCCCAUAUCAAAAUAGCGAUUGACCAAACUGUUCACUUCACCCACUUCAGACAUGAGAAUCUAAAGAAUUUAGUAAUUACUUAUGUUGAUUAUGAAUUGAUGGGCGAAUAUAUCUCUAAUUUAUUUUAUCUACUGAAACGAUUCCCAAAUGUUAAACAUCUUGCCAUUAAAUACGAUACGAGCUACAUCCACAGUAAUUGUACGUCGCCUGAAUCUGAUUAUGAUGAAUUUAAACAUGAAGAUUUUGAAGCUGUUGUCGAAAUAGUACCUGGUGAGGGAAUUGAAUUGCAAGAAGGAGCUGAGAAUGGAGGAGAUGAGAAUGAAGGAGCUGAAGAUGGAGGAGCACCCAACCAAAGCGAGAGACAAAACCCUCCAACAGGAUCGGUUAUACCCUUUCUAGUUGUUACAAUGCUACAGAAAUUAGUGCUACUAGAUAUGAGAGAUAUAACGGGAGUUGAUGCAACUUCCGCCAUGUACGUGCACGACUACUGUCAGCAAAAAGGUCGAUCGAUCAAGUUCUACUUUGGUUACAGUGACGACAGUGUGGUUAAACGCGAUUGGCCUGAAUUAUUCAAUGAUAAUGAGCGAGAUGGUCAAGAAUUCAACUUUAUGAAACAUUUGUUCCUUCCAGACUAUAGGAGAACCCCUUUCUUUUUGGAACCAUACUAACCUAAGUUUAAAAACGACAAGAAAAUGGAAUGGGUCAAAAAUCAUUGAAUUACAAUUUUUCCCCAUUAAUUUAAAUAAUCAAUAAUUUUGGCUAUGGUAAACAUAAUUAACUCUCUACAGCCAGGCCAAAACUUCAUAAACAUUUUUCCAUAAAUUUUCAAUAAUCUUCACAUCUCAAUCUUACCUGAUGGUAACUGUUCUUAUGGCAACAUCACAAUCACCCUUUUAAUUGGGACAGGCUCUCAAAAUGAAAAAAAACAAAUGUCAAUGACAAAACAAGGAUUGAAAUACCGAUCCUAAGAAGCUGAUUAUAACGUAAAAAUUUUGACAAAGAUUUUCUUAUGCUGCCAUUGGACAAUGAUUAACUACUCUUUAUUUAUUUUGAUAUUUCGUAAACCAAUAGAUAUUGUAUAUUACUAUUGGAAUUAUUCAUUCAUCAAUCUUUCGUGGUCUAAAGUGACCAGAUGUAUUAAAAACGAUUUAAAAAAGUGCAUUAAAAAAAUUUUCAUUU